AUGAGCUCCGGAUACCCAUCGUCCGAUCUUUCUCAGCAUAUGGCUUAUCCUUCUCAUCCCACACCGCCUCCACCAUCUUCCAUGGCAUCGAUGCGCCACCAUCCAUAUCAACCGUAUCAAGGCCAACAUAUUGCACCACCACCAAGGCAACCGCCCCCCUCCAUGCCACAUUCUGUUAGCCAUCUUUCUACACGACCUACACAACCGCCGCAUCAUCAAAACCAUUCUCAGCAGCAUUCGUCCCAACUGCCUUCCACUACCCCUCCUCGGCAAGAUGAACCAUCCGUCGAAGACCAGCGGCAAAGCCAAGAGAGUAAUCUUGCGCCUGUUUCUCGCCUAGAAGAUGGCACUGGCCGUCGUUUCCACCUUGAUGUCGUGCAACAGCCUCAGCGUGCCCGCAUGUGUGGCUAUGGUGAUAAGGAUCGACGACCUAUCACACCACCACCGUGUGUCAGGCUUAUUAUAACUAAUGAACAGGGAAAAGAAAUAAGUUGCAAAGACAUUGAUUAUUCCAUGUAUGUGCUCAAUGUCGACCUUUGGAACGACCUUGCAUCCCAGGAGGUGAAUCUGUGCCGGCAACCUUCAUCGACGGAUUCUGUUGCAGUGUCCUAUACACCCCAAGUUGUGGUAAACGGUCGCGAAGUUGCCUAUGCACCGCAUGCGUCAGUUGCCUAUGCCCAGGAAUUUCAUCAAUCGCAACCUAUUUAUAAUCAAGUUACCCAAUUUCCCCCGAUCACUGACGAGCCGAACUCGUCUUACCCACCCAGUGGCAGAUAUCUACCUGCUCAAGAGUUUUUCCCUCGGCAUAACUAUCCAGGCGACCCCAGCGCUCCGCCCCUGACAGCCGAAUACUUGGAUGGCAAUGGCGCUUCCGUGUCUUACAUUAAUGAUCAAUGCAAAGGGGCUCUUAAUCGGAACUUGAUCGGCAGUGUAGCCGCCAGUGCCUUUUGCCUUACUGAUACACAUGAUCGGGAAGGCAUCUGGUUUGUUCUUCAAGAUCUUAGCGUACGGCUAGAAGGAACUUAUCGACUCAAGUUCUCCUUCAUCAACGUCGGAAAACCUAGCUCCACACCUGGACAACAAUCGACAGUGAUCAAGGGCAAGGCUCCUAUUUUAGCAUCUUGUUUCAGUGCAGCGUUUACCGUGUAUUCGGCCAAGAAAUUCCCUGGCGUAUGCGAGAGCACAUCGCUAAGUAAAACCUUCGCUACCCAGGGAAUCAAAAUCCCAAUUCGUAAAGAUGGAAACAAGGGUGGUGACGACGACGACGUUGACUAA